UUAUUUGCGUGCGCGGGGCCGCGACGUCCCAGCUGGGCCGGCAGGCGGGUUUUGAAUGCUCCGCGGCCCUAAGGCGGAGAGGCUGCCUUUAUUUCUGUGCGGAAGGAGUAUGGGAGCUGGUGGUGAGGUGUCUGAGCGGUCAGCUACCCGCGAGGACUUGAAGUAGCCGCAAUAGCGGAAUCUAGAGUGGCGCCCUGCUCCCGCCCGGCUGCAAGUGCAGCCUGAGGGAAGGAGCCACAUCCCCAGUGACCCUCCUUCCUUUGUGUCUGGGUUGGAGUUACCACCUCGGCGCCGCGGGACUGCGCCGGUCGCCUGUGGGGGUGACGCCCCCUUCUCCGCGGGUCGGAGGUUCGCGGGGGGUCUUCAGGUACCCCUUGCUGCGGACGCUCAGGUGAGACACCUGUGAGGCUCCGAACUUCCCUGGCAUGUGUCCCUAGCCCUGAAUUUUUUUCUGGAAGCCCUGUUGCCUCCUCUCAACCCCAACUUGAUUUCCCAGUGAAGACUCUUGUGCGAAGGUUUGGCUCAUGGUUGACAGCUCAGAGAAAGAAAAAUUUGAGGGAAGAUGGAUGCAAAAGCUCGAAAUUGUUUGCUUCAACAUAGAGAAGCCUUGGAAAGGGACAUCAAAACAUCCUACAUCAUGGAUCACAUGAUUAGUAAUGGAGUUUUAACAGUGUCAGAGGAGGAAAAAGUGAAAAAUGAGCCCACCCAACGGCAACGAGCAGCAAUGCUAAUUAAAAUGAUACUUAAAAAAGAUAAUCAUUCCUAUAUAUCAUUCUACAAUGCUCUACUUCAUGAAGGUUACAAAGAUCUUGCUGCCCUUCUGCAUGGUGGCAUUCCUGUCAUCUCUUCUUCCGAUGGCAAAGAUUCAGUUAGUGGAAUAACUUCGUAUGUAAGGACAGUCCUGUGUGAAGGUGGAGUACCACAGAGGCCCGUUGUUUUUGUUACUAGGAAGAAGCUAGUGAAUGCAAUUCAGCAGAAGCUCUCCAAACUGAAUGGUGAACCAGGAUGGGUCACCAUAUAUGGGAUGGCAGGUUGUGGGAAGUCUGUAUUAGCUGCAGAAGCUGUUCGAGAUCAUUCUUUCCUAGAAGAUUGUUUCCCAGGAGGCGUGCAUUGGGUGUCAGUUGGGAAACAGGACAAAUCCGGGCUUCUGAUGAAGCUACAGAAUCUUUGUGCACGAUUGGAUCAGGAUGAGAGCUUCUCCCAGAGGCUUCCACUUAAUAUUGAAGAGGCUAAAGACCGUCUCCGCAUUCUGAUGCUGCGCAAACAUCCAAGGUCUUUAUUGAUCUUGGAUGAUAUUUGGGAUCCUUGGGUGUUAAAAGCUUUUGACAAUCAGUGUCAAAUUCUUCUCACAACCAGAGAUAAGAGUGUUACAGAUUCAGUAAUGGGUCCUAAAUAUGUAGUGCCUGUGGAGAGUGGUUUAGGAAAAGAAAAAGGACUUGAAAUUUUAUCCCUUUUUGUUAAUAUGAAGAAAGCAGAUUUGCCAGAACAAGCUCACAGUAUUAUACAAGAAUGUAAAGGUUCCCCUCUUGUAGUAUCUUUAAUUGGUGCACUUUUACGAGAUUUUCCCAACCGCUGGGAGUACUACCUCAGGCAACUUCAGAAUAAGCAAUUUAAGAGGAUAAGAAAAUCUUCAUCUUAUGACUAUGAGGCUCUAGAUGAAGCCAUGUCUAUAAGUGUUGAAAUGCUCAGAGAAGACAUCAAAGAUUAUUACACAGAUCUUUCCAUCUUACAGAAAGAUGUUAAGGUGCCUACAAAGGUGUUAUGUAUCCUCUGGGACUUGGAAAUGGAAGAAGUUGAAGACAUAUUACAGGAAUUUGUUAAUAAGUCUCUCUUGUUCUGUGACCGGAAUGGAAAAUCAUUUCUUUAUUAUUUACAUGAUCUGCAAGUAGAUUUCCUUACUGAAAAGAAUCGCAGCCAGCUUCAGGAUCUCCACAAGAAGAUGGUCACUCAGUUCCAGAGACAUCACCAGCUACAUUCUCUUUCACCAGAUCAGGAGGAUUGCAUGUAUUGGUACAGUUUUCUGGCCUAUCACAUGGCCAGUGCUAAUAUGCACAAAGAACUGUGUGCUUUAAUGUUUUCCCUGGAUUGGAUUAAAGCGAAAACGGAACUCGUAGGCCCUGCUCAUCUGAUUCAUGAAUUUGUGGAAUACAGGCAUAUAUUGGAUGAAAAGGAUGGUACAGACUGUGAGAAUUUCCAGGAGUUUUUAUCUUUAAAUGGACAUCUUCUUGGACGACGGCCAUUUCCUAAUAUUGUGCAACUGGGCCUCUGUGAACUGGAAACUUCAGAGGUUUAUCGGCAAGCUAAGCUGCAGGCCAAGCAGGAGGUCGAUAACGGAAUGCUUUACCUGGAGUGGGUAAACAAAAAAGACAUGAAGAACCUCUCCCACUUGGUUGUCCGCCCCCAUACAGAUGCUGUUUACCAUGCUUGCUUUUCUGAAGAUGGUCAAAGAAUAGCUUCUUGUGGAGCUGAUAAAACUUUACAGGUAUUCAAAGCUGAAACAGGAGAGAAACUUCUAGAAAUCAAGGCUCAUGAGGAUGAAGUGCUUUGCUGUGCAUUCUCUGCAGAUGACAAAUUUAUAGCAACCUGCUCAGUGGAUAAAAAAGUGAAGAUUUGGAAUUCAGUGACUGGGGAACUAGUGCGUAUCUAUGAUGAGCACUCAGAGCAAGUCAAUUGCUGCCACUUCACCAACAACAGUAAUCACCUUCUCUUAGCCACUGGUUCAAAUGACUACUUCCUUAAACUCUGGGAUCUGAAUCAAGAAGAAUGUCGAAAUACCAUGUUUGGCCAUACAAAUUCGGUCAGUCACUGCAGAUUUUCACCAGAUGAUCAGGUUUUGGCCAGUUGUUCAGCUGAUGGAACAUUAAAGAUUGAAUUAAGACUUCUUGAAACUCAGAAGAAAAACACUUUAAAAGUCUUCAGGGACAGGAUUCUGAUUUCAUUGCUUUGGGAUGUGAAAUCUGCAAAUGAGAGGAAAAGCAUUAAUGUGAAGCAAUUCUUCCUGAAUUCAGAGGAGCCUCAGGAGGAUCUGGAAGUGAUAGUGAAAUGCUGUUCGUGGUCUGCUGAUGGUGCUAAGAUAAUGGUGGCUGCGAAAAAUAAAGUCUUUCUUUUUGACAUUCACGCCAGUGGCCUGUUGGCAGAAAUCCACAUGGGCCAUCAUAGCACUGUCCAGUACUGUGACUUCUCCCCCCACAACCAUUUGGCAGUGGUGGCUUUGUCCCAGUACUGUGUGGAGUUGUGGAGUAUGGACUCAGGUUUAAAAGUAGCUGAUUGCAGAGGACAUUUAAGUUGGGUCCAUUGUGUGAUGUUUUCUCCUGAUGGAUCAUCGUUUUUGACAUCUUCUGAUGACCAGACAAUCAGGCUCUGGGAGACAAAGAAAGUAUGUAAGAACUCUGCUACAGUGUUAAAGCAAGAAAUAGAUGUUGUGUUUCAAGAAAAUGAAGUGACGGUUCUUGCAGUUGACAAUAUAAGACGUCUGCAACUCAUUAAUGGAAACACAGGUCAGAUUGAUUACCUAACUGAAGCUCAAGUGAGUUGCUGUUGUUUAAGUCCACAUCUUCAGUACCUUGCAUUCGGAGGUGAAGAUGGAGCCAUUCAGAUUUUAGAACUCCUGAACAACAAAAUCUUCCAAUCCAGGAAUGGGCAUAAGACCACUGUUCGGCACAUCCAGUUCACAGCUGAUGGAAAGACUCUUAUCUCAAGCUCUGAUGAUUCUGCAGUUCAGAUAUGGAACUGGCAAUCAGAGGACCCUUUCUUUCUCCAAGCCCACCAGGAAACAGUGAAAGACUUUAGACUCUUGAAAAAUUCAAGACUUCUUACCUGGUCAUUUGAUGGAACAGUAAAGGUAUGGAAUAUUAUUACCAGAAGAAUAGAAAAAGAUUUCCUGUGUCACCAGGAUACCGUUCUUUCUUGUGAUAUUUCCUCUGACGCUACUAAGUUUUCUUCUACCUCUGCUGACAAGACUGCAAAGAUUUGGAGUUUUGAACUCCUUUCUCCUCUUCAUGAAUUGAGAGGCCACAAAGGCUGUGUGCGCUGCUCUUCCUUCUCUGUGGACAGUACCUUUUUGGCGACUGGAGAUGACAAUGGAGAAAUCAGGAUAUGGAAUGUCUCAAACGGUGAGCUUCUUCAUUUGUGUGCUCCGAUUUCAGUAGAAGAAGGAGCUGCUACUCAUGGAGGCUGGGUGACCGACCUUUGCUUUUCUCCAGACACCAAAAUGCUUGUUUCUGCUGGAGGAUAUCUCAAGUGGUGGAAUGUUGUCACUGGGGAAUCCUCACAGACCUUCUACACAAACGGAACCAAUCUUAAGAAAAUACAUGUGUCCCCUGACUUCAAAACAUAUGUGACUGUUGAUAAUCUUGGUAUUUUAUAUAUUCUAAAGAUUUUAGAGUAAAAUAGUUAAGUGGUGAUGUAAGUUGACCCCUUUUAAUUUUGAAUUGGAAAAAAAUCCUAAUGAAACUCUGUACUUUAACUUUUAUAAAGCUGUGAAUUGUUUUGUAGUAUUGCAUUCAUUACAAAAGUGUUUGUGGUUGGAUGAAUAAUAUUAAUGUAAUUUUUCCCAAAUGAACAUGCCUUUAAUCUUGUUUUUCAUAAUCACCAUCAUUUUUAACAGUUUGUCCUUAAGAUGCAAAUGAAAAUGUAAAUAUGUACCUAGUUAUACCAUUGGUAAAAUUCUCCCUUGCUGCAAAUUGGUUGACAUAAUGAAAAUAAUUGGAAGGAAAUAUAUAUAUUGUAAUACUAUCAUUGGUGCAGGCCAUGCCUCAGGGUGGUGGUAGCCUGCUUUCUGAACCACACCCCAAGGGGGUAUAUAAUCUCUGAGCCUAUUUGCACCCCUUAAAAUUUGCUUUCAAAAUAUUAUGUCUAUGUGCACAGUUUGCAAAAUUUUCUUUAAUUCACUUGAUAAGUGAGUCUUAGGUUUCAAAGUUCUCUCUGUGAAGCAAAUGUUAUGCAUACAGUAGAGAGUAGAUUUUGUCGGUCUACCUUUUUUCCUUAGCUUGUGGCAGCCCCAGGCUGGACCUGGACUCUGUCAGUCGCUGGACUGGGCCUCUCCUGCUCUGUCUGGUUUUUUACGUACCAGACUUCCUGCUUGGCUGAACUUAACCUUUCUUAAUCCUCACUUUCUCUCUUUUCUUAAAAGUAAUUGUUCCACAUUUAAAUGUUAGUAAAUUGGAAUAAUUGAGGAGGAGCUAAUUUAAAUCAUAAGUUUUAACAACAGACUUCUUCUAAGAUAUAGAAAAUAGUUAAUAAUAAUAAUAAUUUUCUUCUAAAUUCCAUUUACUUGUAGACGAAUGGCAUUGCCAGUGCUGUUCUCUUAGCGAAUUUCAAGAGAAUUCUCUGAUUUUCUACACCAUACUGGAAGAGUCAUUGUGACUGGAAGAUGUCACCUUUAAUCUCCCAGCCAGUCUGUUUUCCUUCCCUUCUCUUCCUCCUCCUUUCUGUCCCUCAAAAGUUAAUUAAAAAAAGAAAUUAGAAAAGAUAGUUUUUCUUUUUUUUCUUUAUGUAUUUUAUUUUCAUAUAAAUUAACAUCCUAGAAAAAUUAAAAUAGAAACACUAAAUAUAGUAUUGCACACAGCAAUCUCUGUUAAAUGCCCCAUUAUAUCAUUGAAGUUCAUAUACACAUGGAGGGACUAAAGGAGACAGGACGAUGGAAGCAGCUGCAGUGACUCAUUUUUGUUCUGCUUUUCAUUGGUCAGGUUUUCAUGCUUAUUUUUGCUUUAAUUCCAGAGUCAUGUCUUGAUUUUAUUUUAUAGAGUGAUUUUCCCUUUUUCUGCCUACACACCUCUUCAGUUUGUUUUACUCUUUCUUGUAGAAUAAAUUUGUUCUCUUUCUUCCAAAAGUCUUUAAAGUCAGAGCUGAAUUCAUGCCAGAUACUGAAGAAAAUGGGGACACUUCCUUCUCUCCAAUUUUUGGUCUCAUGAAGAAACAGGCUGUAGUCUCCAAAAAACACUUAUGAGUCUCUGUCAGUGAGUUCUUCUCUGCUUCUUGGUCAAUUUUAGCUUGAAUGACAAAUUGUUCCAUGUUAUCUUUGAAAGGCUAAAUGUGCUCUUUUGAGGACACUUUGUAAACUUUCCCCGCUUUAACUUCACAGGCUCUCAGGUCUUGCUUGAGUUUUCUGAGGUCUUUUUGAAAAUCUUCACACUUCAUCUGCUAGGCCUGAAAGAGGUCCUGGGAUUCGGGCAGUGGAAACACACACUGUUCUUUCCCAGCGUCCUCAUCAAAAUUGCGAAUAUAAUAUGACACGAUAUGUGACAACAGGCUUCUGCUAUUGUCAUUGCUUUUAACAUCUUUCAGCUUUGGGAGAAUAUCUAAUUCAAAACAGUCUGCCUGUCCCCAAGUUUUAUUUCCACCGUUCAUGUAGUUGCCAAAGGCAAGAACCAAACCCAAAACCUGCAUAACCCUUGAGCCAUGUUUUAAUGUCUCACACAACUUCUGUAGCAGCUCCAGUUUGCACCGAAUUGAGCAAAUGGUUUCUGAAAAUGUGGACUGAAACAGGAUGCAAAAGACUCACUCUGAAAGUUGAGGAUUAGUGACAGUUCAUAAAGGAACUGCUCAGGUUUGUCCAGAGACUUGGCGUUUUCCUUGUCUUUGGAGGACUGAAUAUGCUUUUCAGUUUUUUCCAGUUCAACUGACUGUGCAUAUCUAUUCUCAUAGAGAGCUUGAAGGGUCUUCAGGUCAACCACAGAAUUGUCUAAGUUCACCACAGCAUGUUGUAUAUCUUUCAUAUCUAAGUGAAGGCUAGACAUGGAUAUUCCAACUGCUUUGAGACCUUUUGUUGCUUAGUAACUUGACAACUUCCUUAGCCUUGGUCUUUGUGAUGGUGCCAGAAAUGGGUUUCUGCCUUUCCUUGACAGUAUAUUUAGAAAACAGUUCCUCAAAUUCAUGCCAGAUACUGAAGAAAACGUUUGGGGACACUUCCUUCUCUCCAAUUUUUGGUCUCAUGAAGAAAUAGGCUGUGGUCUCCAAAAAGCACUUAUGAGUCUCUGUCAGUGAGUUCUUCUCUGCUUCUUGGUCAAUUUUAGCUUGAAUAAGAAAUUGUUCCAUGUUAUCUUUGAAAGGCUAAAUGUGCUCUUUUGAGGACACUUGGUAAACUUUCCCCGCUUCAACUUCACAGGCUCUCAGGUCUUUUUUGAGUUUUCUGAGGUUGGAUGGCUUUUGGGUGAAUCUAUGGAUGGCUCUUCAAUUUUUUCCCAAAUAAGUGAAGCACUGGCAUCUCUGGCCUGUCUGUGACUGUCAGACCAGGGAAGGAAUGCAGGCGGUGGAGGCUGGAGGGAUGGCUGUCCAUCAGGCUGAACUGAUACUCGCCUUGGAGACACGACCAAAGAGAUUUCUGAGCAGAACUUGGUCUGAGGUCCUGAAGGCAAGGGCAGCUCCACUGAUUCUCCAUGUGCGGUCAAGGGUGGGGGCCCACUGGUGGGGCCUCCUCAGGAGCAAGCGCCAGCAUACCACCCUCUCCCAUCGGGGAUGUCCGGAUGGACUUGGCCUGUACAGUCCUUUCAUAUCCGACGUCAUUUUCGCCCAAACUGAGGGCUUCCAGACCCGCCUCUAGGGCGAGGUAUUGCUUCUCCAGCUUAGCUGUCCUGGUCUUCAGAUCCUCGUUGGUCUGCUCCAGCUACUGGAUGACAGUGGCCUGACCCUCAGACUUCAUGUCACACACUUCCUGUGUCAGCAUCCUUAGGCCUGUGUUCUUCAUCAGGAGGUUUAGAUGGUGGCCAAGCAGCUGGGACUGUCCUGGGAAACUGCCUUUCAGUAUAAUCCAGUGAGUGUGUGGGGUGACUAACUGCAGCCCAGGUGUAAAGUUGAUCUUGUCAGUGCAGAGGUCAAAGUCUCCUAAUGCACAGCAAACAUGGAUGCUGCCAGAUAGUUUUUGACAGGGAAAAGCAUAUCAGUAAUAUCAGUAACUAGCUUUUUUGACCUCCUGAUUAGGAAUUUUAUUUGCAGCUUAAAUCCAAACAUUUUCCCUGAAAUAUAUUGUUAAGUGUUAGUAAUAGGUGUGGUUCUUACAUAAAAAGACAAAAUUCAAAAAUUUUUGUUGCUGCAACAAGAACUAAAUCAAGUGAAUAUCAGCUUUAAUAGUAGGCAAGCAUUGAGCCAGUUUCUGUUGUUGGUGCAUAUUAGUAGAUGUGGGGCGGGUAGGGGGAUAGACCACUCCAGAUGUAUUUUAGAUUAGAUGUUCAUAUUUAGCACUUGAGGGAACCAUAAGUAGAGUGAAUAAAAUACUUUGAUUAGAUUUGUUUUUGUUUUCUUGGUUUUAUGGUGGGUUGAGAAACUGAUUAUGGACUUACUAUGACUUAAGCAAAUGUGAUGUGAAAAUCUCAAUUUCAUAAAAAGAAAAUUUCUGUAGUGGCAUGUUUUGUGUAGAGUACCCAAAUCAUAAUUUGAUGUACAUACAGUGUUUAGGAACUCUCUGUUUAUAGCUCAGAGUAUAAGUUACAACUUUUGGAAUUAAGUCACUUGACUAUGAAAGUAUAGCAACAGAUAUGCCUUUAAAAAUGCCUUGAUUGGCCCUUAUCUUACAAAUAAAAAGAAAAAUAACAAGAAAGACCAGGUAACAUGGGGGAAGAAGAAGAGCCUUUCAAGCUUAAGUGGCCAGUCAAGGGGAGGGUUUUGUUUUUUACUUUUGGAUGAGCAUUUUUCAAACAUUUCUCCUUGCUUUAUUAUUAUUGUUUUUUAAUUGGAAAUACAUUGUAUUUUGUGUGUGUGUGUGUGUGUGUGUGUGUGUUUUACAUUGGAUAUGUUUUGUAUGUUUUGAAAACUUUUGUAUUUGUGAUAUGCUUACAUGAUUUUUUUGCCUUGGUAUACAUUUUAAUACAUGAAUUAAAAAUUUUAUAAUAAAAUUCCUAAAAUAUUUUUGAAAAGCA